AUGGUAUGUGCACUAGGGCACGGCACAAGAGGCCGGGGCGCGGAACCGCCUGACGCCGGCGCUCCAGAUGUGCGACCCGCAACCGAUCCGAGCCCAAAGCCCGAGCGUGCAGCCGAAAGCGGUCCCAGGCCGCCGGUCGACACACCUGACAGCGACCUGCGCGCCACGCCGGACGCCGGCGCGGCUCCCGUGCCGGCCUCGCCUCACGACGCGCGCCGCCCCGACGCGCGCGCGCGGGCGCCUGAGGCAGCCGCGGCGUCGCCGCUGCUUGCCUUGGACGCCCUCAGCCUGCAGCGCUGCCUGGCGUGGGUGCCGGACCCCUCCGCCGCGGCAGCCGCAUGCAAGGCGCUCGCGCGCGUCGCAUGCGCCGCUGACGAGGACUUUGCCCUGCAGUGGUUCUCGUCCGGCGCCGCCUCGCGCGGCCCGCCCGGCUGCUGCGGCACCCGCGCCGUUGCGUCGCGCCUCGCGCGCGGUCGCACCGCCGACGGCCUCGCGGGCUGGCUGAUACGGGUCAGGCGCGCGGCGCGGGCCGCGGCCGCGCUGCGCGGGGGCGCUGAGGGCGCGGCCGGGGGCGAGGCGCGGCGGGCGGCGGCCGAAUCCGUUGAGCAGCAGCAGGAGGAAGAGGACGCGCUGUUGCUGCUCGAGCGGGGGCGGCCCUGCGUUGCGCUCAUGCUCCUGGCAGGGCCCUACUCGCAGCACCUGCUGCUGCCGCUGGUGGCGCGCUGCGGCGACCUGCCCCUGGUGCGGGAGCUCGUGCUUUCUGAGGCGCUGCCCGCGCGGCCCAUGCUGCUGGAAGGGGAUGCCUCCACCAAGCACUACGUGCUGGCGACCGCGGCGCGUGCGGCGAUGCGCGGGGGGCGCGUGGAGGUCGCCAGGUGGCUGGUGGAGCGGCUGCUGGCGCAAAAAGAGGAGGGCGACGUGGAUCGCACCGACCCGGCCUGCCAGGACGACCCUUUCGCCCUGCUGCGCUUCUGCUGCCGCCACGGCACCGCCGCCUGCCUGGUCAGCAUCCCCGCCCUCCGCAAGGCCGCCCUCGCCGCCGUCGCGCGCGGCGCGCCCGCGGUGCUGCCGCGGCAGGUGGCCAUGGCGGCCGCGGGGCGCGCGGACGCGGAGGGCGUCGCGCUGGCGAGGGCUCUGGUGGAGAUGCUGCCGGGCGGCAGCCGGCCGGGCAUAUGCUGGCUGAUGCUGCCGUUUGGCUGCAGGUGA